UCAUCGUCUGCUUCGCAAGGGCAACUAUGCCGAGCGUGUCGGUGCUGGCGCUCCUGUUUACCUGGCUGCCGUGAUGGAAUACUUGGCCGCUGAAGUUCUUGAGUUGGCUGGCAAUGCUGCCCGUGACAACAAGAAGACGAGAAUUAUCCCUCGCCAUCUGCAGCUGGCCAUCCGCAACGAUGAGGAGUUGAACAAGCUGCUCUCAGGCGUCACCAUUGCUCAGGGUGGUGUUUUGCCCAACAUCCAGGCCGUUCUGCUGCCCAAGAAGACCGAGAAGAAAGCAUAAGUGCUCCAAUAGCAACAAUAUACAUUCUUGUACAUACACAUAUAAACCCAAACGUCCUUUUCAGGA